GUUCUAUCCUAUCACCGAACUAUUCAAUCCCCGAACUUACCAACAUACCUGCGAGCUAUAAAUUCCCGAUUUUCACAUCCAAAGUUGUUCACAUCUUAACCAUUCUCUCCAACGCUCUCCGAAUUUAUAAGUUUGACAAUUUCCUUUCGAAACGCUACGUUUCAGAACUUGUUAGGGUUCCAGAGAGAUCAAUCUCUUCGAAAUGGAGUCUGGGAAGAUAACCAAGGGCGCAGGGGGAAGGAGAGGCGGAGAUAGGAAGAAGGCGGUCCAGAAGUCGGUGAAGGCCGGACUUCAGUUUCCCGUCGGAAGGAUUGCGAGGUUUUUAAAGAAGGGUCGCUAUGCUCAGCGUACCGGUGUCGGAGCUCCGAUCUAUCUCGCCGCUGUUCUUGAAUACCUCGCUGCUGAGGUGUUGGAACUGGCUGGGAAUGCGGCGAGGGACAACAAAAAGAACAGGAUCAACCCAAGGCACGUGCUUUUGGCAGUGAGGAAUGAUGAGGAGUUAGGGAAAUUGCUACAAGGAGUUACAAUUGCAAGUGGAGGUGUUCUUCCAAACAUUAACCCUGUUCUGUUGCCUAAGAAAUCAACUACUGGCGAACAUAAGGCUUCUCAUCCCAAGUCUCCCAAGGAGGCCUAGACUGUGUUGAAAUGCAGUGGUCUUGGUGUUAGGUUUACUUUUAGUUAGCAGUAGUGGUAUUAGUAAUUUGCAUUUCUGAUGUAAUUUUGUUAUAAAUAUAGUUUGGGAAAUGCAAUGAGUU